ACUCGCUUAUAUUGAUGAGAAUGAAACGAGGCUGGGCUUCAGUUCCUGUGGUUGCAACCUUUUCAUGACGUCGAGACAGUUGUUUUGGUCCCCUCUGCCCAAUCGGAGGCUCCUCUCACACAUCUACCGGAGCCGAAAUGGAUCUAUUCAUGCAGCAGCUCUGUCCUCCCGUAAGGACCGUGACGCCCUUUGUCGGGGGCUCUGUGGCGCCUGGUCGCUGCUUUAAAAAGCAGCACUGACAUGGAAACCCCAUUACAGCUGCAGAACGAUUUCUUCCCAGAGCAGCAGCUCCAGCACUGUAAGUACCAGCACUACUGCGGACGCGAGGAUCGCCUCGGCAAGCAGCACGACCAAUGCUGCACCUGCAAUAAUUGCACCUGUGAUGCGAGAAAAAGCCUCGUCUUUCGCGGGACGUCGCCGGCCACUGUGGGAACUUUAAGGGCACCUUCGGAAACGUCUUCGAGGCAAGGCUGCCAGUACAGUAUCUGCGAGUUCACACCUUCUAGUCAUGGUAGUUCAUCCAGACAUCAUCAUCAUCAUCCUCACCAUCAGCAGCAGCAGCAGCAUUGCCGCGAUAGGCAGCGGGGCAGCCUGGGCAGCAGCCACAAAGACAGUAACUCCUACAAUGAAAUAGCCAUGAGCAGCUGCAGAUACAACGGCGGCGUAAUGCGGCCGCUGAGCAACUUGAGCUCGUCCCGCAGAAACAUACACGAGUUUGAUUCCGAGUCCCAGCCUUUGCAGCCCAUCUCCGCCGCAGAUGCGUCGGACACUUUAGUAUCCAAGCCGGAGAAUAAUUCAAGCACCCUGAUGCCUUACGCAUCGGGAGACGGAGGGGGAGGCUGCAGCCACAGCGGGGCCAAAUCGGGUAAAAAGAAGAACCAGAACAUUGGGGAGAAGCUGGGGCACAGGAGGGCCUUGUUUGAGAAAAGGAAACGGCUCAGCGACUAUGCUUUAAUCUUUGGGAUGUUUGGGAUCGUUGUUAUGGUUAUAGAGACUGAACUCUCAUGGGGAGCGUAUGGAAAGGAAUCCCUAUAUUCAUUAGCUCUAAAAUGCCUGAUAAGCCUUUCUACAAUCAUUCUCCUGGGGCUGAUUAUCAUCUACCAUGCAAGGGAGAUACAGCUAUUUAUGGUGGACAAUGCAGCUGAUGACUGGAGGAUAGCCAUGACAUACGAGCGCAUCUUCUUCAUCUGCCUGGAGAUCCUGGUGUGCGCCAUACACCCCAUCCCAGGCAACUACACCUUCACCUGGACGGCACGCUUGGCCUACUCCUACGUGGCAUCCAAGACGGAUGCAGAUGUGGACAUCAUCCUGUCCAUCCCCAUGUUCCUGCGCCUGUACCUCAUCGCUCGCGUCAUGCUGCUGCACAGCAAGCUCUUCACCGAUGCCUCGUCCCGCAGCAUCGGUGCACUCAACAAGAUUAACUUUAACACGCGAUUUGUGAUGAAGACUCUCAUGACCAUCUGCCCCGGCACUGUGCUGCUGGUCUUCACCAUCUCGCUAUGGAUAAUCGCUGCAUGGACAGUGAGAGCCUGCGAGAGGUACCAUGAUAACCAGGACAUAACCAGCAACUUUCUUGGAGCCAUGUGGUUGAUCUCAAUCACGUUUCUUACCAUUGGUUAUGGGGAUAUGGUCCCACAUACGUACUGUGGGAAAGGAGUCUGCCUCCUGACUGGCAUUAUGGGCGCUGGCUGCACUGCCUUGGUGGUGGCUGUGGUGGCAAAGAAACUGGAAUUAACCAAAGCUGAAAAACAUGUUCACAAUUUUAUGAUGGACACCCAGCUAACAAAAAGAGUGAAAAACACAGCUGCGAACGUUCUCAGGGAGACGUGGCUCAUCUACAAGAACACUAAACUGGUGAGGAAGAUGGACCACGCCAGAGUCAGGAAGCACCAGAGAAAAUUUCUCCAAGCCAUUCACCAAGCUCGAAAAUUGAGAAGUGUUAAAAUGGAGCAACGCAAGCUGAAUGACCAAGCAAACUCACUAGUGGACCUUGCUAAGACUCAGAACAUCAUGUAUGACAUGGUAUCAGACCUGAAUGAGAGAGGGGAGGACAUGGAGAAAAGGAUUGCCCUGCUGGAGACGAAGCUGGAGACUCUACUGAGUAACUUGCAAGCUUUGCCCGGACUCAUCAGCCAGGUCAUCAGCCAGCAGCACAGGGACUUCCUGGAGGUGCAGCUCCAGCCUUAUGACAAACACAGCCCUGAGCGCUCACAGUCAGUGUCCCGGCGGAGGUCGUCCUCCACGGCACCGCCCACCUCCUCCGAGAGCAGCUAGAGUCCAGGGGGAACGCCUCCACUGGAGACUUUUGCCAUCAUAUGGCCAAGUUGCAUUUAUCGUAAAGCCUUAUGGUUUCAAUAAGUAUUAUCCAAAUUCUGAUGACAGAAUCCAAGAUACUGGGGACAAUACAUUUUAAUGGAUAACUUCAUGCUGUUAUUUAUUUUUUAUUACCUCAAAAGAUGUUGUUAUCCUUGCUCUGGUGACAUAAAAAUAAUGGCGCUUCCCUCAGUAACAACUAAAAGGCCUAUCGAUGGGGCUGUGAUAAGAACUCUUCUCCAUCUCUAUGCAGAGGUAGCCAGUUUUAGGUAGCAGAGUUACCAAGUGUGAAACUAUUGCACUAAAAUAGUGCUUCUCACAGACUUUGUGCUUCUGCUGGCUUGAUUCAGUCUCUGUGUUCCUCAAAGGAAACCGAGAAACCACUGAGAAAUCAGUCAGGGAGCAUGGCAGUGAUAUUGAGGAAAAGUGCUGCGUUUUACGGACUGGAGUGAGCUGACAGCAGAAGCCAGAUGAAAAUCGCUCCUACACACUGUCACUCAGAGAUAACUUUAAAAGCUUGAAAUGAGGAAAACAGCAUAUAUCUUUUAGGUUAGAAACAGCAUCAACUAUAAUGGUUUUCCUUUGCAGAGUGCCCCUGUAGAAUGACUAUUUUUUGGGGCCACGUUGCAAAUAAUUUAAUCCUCUAGUAAAAAUGAAUGCAUCAGAACCUGUACUUGCACUUACUUUUUAAUCAAUGCACUUCAAUGCUGACUAAGAUAUGAUAUAAAGAUACGUUGCUCAUUAAAAGAAGAACAUUUUAAAUGUUGGGCAUGGGUUUAUUAUUGUCAAUUAUCGAGUUGUGGCUAGUGUUAAUGAUUCAAAUCGAAGCCCUAUUUCUGUUUCUCACAAAGAAGCAUCAUCUUAGACCUGCAAAAGUCUUUAGAAACUUACUGAGUGAUCAUACAUUUACUAAUUAACCCCCAGUCUCGCUGUGUCUCACCUCCUGUCCUUUUUUUUUCUUUUGCCUGUGCUCUUUAUGCUUGCUGCCAUCCCAGCUGGGCAACAUCAAAUGCUGAACAACAAAACCAUAACCAUAUCUACCUUUUAAAAAGUAAAUGCCUAUUUUUAUAUACUUUAAUGAGGAGAAGCACACCUCUUAAAACUAAACAAACAACAACGUGGGAUCGAUUAAGAGGCAGAUUCAGCAUAACUAGCACACGGUAAGGAUAUCUCGGACUGGAGUUAAGAUACAUAAAACUGUCUGUGAGACUUUUUCCUGAACAUAAUUAACAAACAGUGUGAUUUAAAAACUGUGGUAUUCUUCACACUUCAUCUAUCGUUUACAGCAUACGCUUUGGAUGAUACUGCUGGAUGAGCUGGAAGAGCAGGGCUGGUAAAUGUGAUUGGCAUUUACUACACUUGGAAAUGUUACGGUCCACAAUUGAUUUAACAUAUAUUCUGAUUUUAUUCAUAUAUCCACUUUGGUCAUUAAUGCACAGUAGCUACAUAUGAACUGUGAGAUCUCCUGAUGUGUCCAACAUACCCUUUUAUGCAUUAUUACUCAGUAUACGACCAUAAUGGUUGUGUAUUUUUAAAACAGCCGUUCCAAGGUUCACAGAGCAUUGCAUGGGUCAGAGGAGAUCCAUCACAGGUCUUGUUCAACCAGCUCACUCAUUAACCAAUAAAUCAAUCAGAGAGUUGACAAAACACAGAUGUUCCGUCCACAAACUUUAGCAGCAUAGAAACCAAUGACAGACUAUACUGUAUGCGACUUAAACGAUAAAGAAUUAAACAAUAAAAAUAUACAAUUUCACCGGUCUCCAUCCUUUUUGUGUGCAUUUAAAUGUGGGUUUGUAUCUUAUGUGCUUUUGUAGAAAGAUGUUACACAGUUCAGUGCAAUAACCAGUGUUGUAGACAAUGUGCUCAUCAGUAUGUACGCUCCAGGUAAAGUGCACCACAGACUUUGUAGAUCUUCUAAAGAAAUAGGCUCGCUAUGACAUACAUUAGGUUAUUUGAUAUAGCCAGAGUUGCCAUUGUGUUGGCAAAAGUAAAGGCAUAGUCCUUAAGUAUAUAACAAAGUUAUAAGAUUUUUCUUAUUUAGAAGCAGAAAGGUAGAAUUGAUUAUUUCUUAAAAGUUAGCAUGCAACAACCAAUGACAGGCCAAUUUUACAAUUAUACACCAGAAAUCCAGUGACAGUAUUUAAACGUCUACCUGAAUAAAUGUAAUUAUUAUUAAACAAAUGUGAUAUUAUAUUAAUCUUACCGAAGCAUCAGUUUGCAAUACUUUGACUUUAUAUGCAGUUAUACACUCACUGGAUGCUUUUUUGGUACACCUUUUCAACAGCUCAUAAAUAACACAAAAACCCAUGUGUUAAAUAUGAUACACAUCACAUGGCAGGUAGAUACGGUCAAGACAACCUGCUGAAGUUCACACGGAGGAUCAGAAUUGGGAAGAAAGGUGAUUCAAGUGACUUUGAACAUGGCGUGGUUAUUGGUGCUAGACGGGCUGAUGGGUGACAUGAAAUACGAUACAUGAAAU